AGAACUCAUAAAGAACGCGUCUUCCCGAACUCUGAAAGUGACAAGCGCGCUAGCUACCGAUCUCCCGUCACCCCCCCACCCUUCACAUCCAUCAGGACAACCAUCCGCUGCAUAGACUGAGGCCUACGGCAAGGGUAUUCGCACUCACGGCCACCUCUACCGAAGAAAAUAAACAUCGUCGCUGCCCGGAUAUGGAGGAGAAGACCGUCUCGGCGGUUGGCCCCGCUGCCGGAAAAGCCGACGAAUACGGCUCGCCCGGUGUGGCUGGAGAGCCUAAGGACGCUGUGGUGAUCGAAACCGGCACCAAUGGGAAGGAGCUGGACGACAAAGACAAGAAGAAGCAGGAAGAGGAAGAAGGAGGGGGGGCUGGCGAUUACUUCAAACUCUGGUCCUAUGCGGAGCCCGUCGACCGCCUCCUCCAUACUAUCGGCUUCAUCGCAGCGAUCGGUGCCGGUGCUGCAUUGCCACUCAUGACCCUCAUCUUUGGUGAAUUCGUCAACAUCUUCAACGACUGGGGCCAGUUCGAUGCCGAUGGAAAUCCACGAGUUACACCAGAGGAAUUCCGUCGUGGAAUCAACAAGAACGCACUCUGGUUUGUAUACCUGUUCAUCGGCAAGUUCACUUGUGUCUAUCUGCACACUACCUGCUUCACCAUCGCCGCCACCCGCUUGACCCGUGGUCUACGACUGGCAUACGUCCGCUCCAUCCUGCGUCAGGAGAUCGCCUACUUCGAUACGUGUACUCCCGGCUCCGUGGCAACCCGGAUCUCGACGAACGCCAAUCUAAUUCAGACCGGAUUGGGCGAGAAGGUCGGCAUUGCGACCCAAGGCUUUGCGAUGUUGAUUUCCGCCUUCGUCGUCGCUUUCACGCAAAACUGGAAGCUGACGCUGGUAACUGCUACCACCUUACCAGCCGUCAUUAUUCUCGUCGGUAUCACCGUCGUCUUCGAUCAGAAGCUGGAGGCUAAGAUCCUCGAUGUUUACUCCAAAGCGGGAGGUCUCGCCGAGGAGGCGCUCAGUAGUGUCCGGAAUGUGGUCGCCUUUGGUGCCCACGACAAGCUCAUGCAAAAGUAUGGUGUCUAUCUGGAUGCAGCCAAGGUAUUCGGAGUCAAGAAAGGUCCGCUCCUAGGAGUUCAAUACAGUAGUGAAUUUAGCGUCAUGUAUAGCGCGUACAGUUUGGCCUUUUACUACGGUAUUCAACUGCUACUGAGAGGAGAGAUCGCCGAUGGCGGUACUGUCGUUACCGUCUUCUUUUCCUGCAUUUUCGCAACGUCAAGUUUGACCAUCAUCGCACCCAGCGUGGGAGACUUCACGAAAGCCGCCGCCGCGUCCAAAGACGUUCUUCAGAUGAUCGCUCGCGAACCCAUCAUCGAUUCGGCUUUCACCGGGGGCAUCAAACCCGAGAAGGUCAACGGUCGCAUCGAGCUCCGAAAUGUCAACUUCAAGUACCCGGCACGACCGACCGUGCAGGUCCUAGAUAACGUCAGCAUGGUCUUCGAGGAGGGAAAGACUACAGCCCUCGUCGGAGCAAGUGGCAGCGGCAAGAGUACCAUCAUCGCCCUCGCCGAAAGGUGGUACGAUCCCGAGAGUGGAGACGUGUUGAUGGAUGGUCACAACGUAAAGGACUUGAACCUCAAGUGGUUGCGCACGCAGAUCGGUCUGGUGCAGCAAGAGCCCGUACUGUUCAACGACACUGUUUACGCCAACGUCGCCCAUGGGCUCUACGGCACCGAGAUGGCCAACCUUCCCGAGGAGGAGAAACGCCGGCUGGUCAAGGCGGCAUGUACAGAAGCCAAUGCGGAUUCCUUCAUCGAGGCUUUGCCCGAGGGAUACGACACCGUGGUGGGUGAGCGGGCAUCCUUGAUGAGUGGAGGUCAGAAGCAGCGAAUCGCCAUCGCCCGUAGUAUCAUCGCGAACCCUCGGAUCCUUCUUCUGGAUGAGGCUACGUCGGCCCUAGACCCCAAGGCGGAAGGAAUCGUUCAGGCAGCGCUGGAUCAGGCGGCCAAGUCGCGCACAACUAUCGUCGUGGCUCAUCGGCUUUCCACAGUCAAAAAGGCGGACAAGAUCAUCGUCAUGAACAGAGGCGCCAUCAUCGAACAAGGAACUCACGAGAGUCUGAUCGCCGAACAAGGAGCCUACUAUCGUUUGGUCGGUGCGCAGAAACUUUCGGUCGUAUCGGAGGCCGCGGACGACCAGGCGGACGACGACAGCAGCAUCGAAUCGGGGCACGAAUUGGUCGAUAUCGACAGGGUUGAAACCAGACACUCGACCUGGAGCGUCAAGUCCGAACUGAAAUACACAGAUUUAUCGCGCACGUUUGGCCUGUUCAAGUGUCUCUGGAUCAUCUUCUCCCAACACAAACAUCUUUGGGCCUGGUUCCUGGCCGGGGUCACUGGUUGCGUGAUGGGUGGUGCUGUCUUCCCUGCACAGGCCAUCCUCUUCUCUCGUAUCGUCACCGUCUUUACACUUACCGGUAGCAAGCUCGAGGAGCGUGGCAACUUUUGGGCACUGAUGUUCUUUUUCCUGGCAAUCGGAACGUUCUUCGCGUAUGCUUCCAUUGGCUUCGUGUGGACCACCGUGGCUUUCAUCAUAGGUCGAGUUCAUCGGGGUGAAUAUUUUAAUGCGAUGAUCACCCAAGACAUUGCGUUCUUCGAUAUCCCCGAAAACUCAUCGGGGUCUCUGACCGGAAGGCUUUCGUCCGAUCCGCAAGCUCUUCACGACCUGAUCCAAGGCAACCUAGGUCUCAUCAUCGUCGUCAUCGUCAACCUUCUCUCGUCCUGCAUCUUGUCGUUGGUCAUCGGGUGGAAGCUAGCCCUUGUCGCAAUCUUUGGUUGCCUUCCGCCGCUUUUCUUUGCUGGCUUCACUCGCAUGCGGCUCGAGAUGUCAUCGCAGGAGCGUGUCAGCAAGUUCUUCCUCGAGAGCACUCGGUUCGCAUCCGAAGCUGUCGGGGCGAUCCGCACGGUUCAAUCAUUGACACUCGAAGACGGCGUUAUGGAUCGGUACGCCGAGCGGCUUAACGGCCCGGUCAGAAGCGCAUACAAGCGUACAGCAUGGAUCAUGAUCCUCUUUGGACUCAGCGAGAGUACCGACAUGCUCGGCGUCGGACUGGCUUUCUGGUACGGUGGACGUCUCAUCAGCUUCGGCGAGUACGAUCCGACCAAGUUCUUUGUGGUCUUUAUAGCCGUUGUAUUCGGCGGACAGGCUGCUGGUUUUCUUUUCGGCUUCACGACCAACCUCACGAAGGCACACGCCGCCACAAACAACAUCAUCCACCUGCGGGAUGCCAAGCCGACCAUCAACGGAUCGACUGGAGCCGACAUGCCCCCUACACCGGAGAUGGGUGCUCCGGUGAUCGAAUUCUGCGAUGUUCGGUUCACAUACCCGACUCGGCCGUCGGUGUCUGUUCUUCGACACUGCAAUCUCACCAUCAUGCGCGGCCAGCGCGUCGGGCUGGUCGGUGCGUCCGGCUGCGGCAAAACCACCAUCAUCUCGCUGUUGGAGCGCUUCUACGAUACCACCUCGGGCGAGAUCUUGAUCAAUGGUGCUCCGCUCGCGUCGCUCGAUGUACACAAGUACCGCGCUACGUUGGCACUUGUCGCCCAGGAGCCUACUCUGUACCAAGGAUCCGUUCGGGAUAACAUUACUCUCGGCACGCCCGCUGGCGAGGUCUCGGAUGAAACAGUGGAGAACGCCGCCAAAUCUGCAAACAUCCACGCAUUCAUAAUGAGUCUUCCGCAAGGCUACGCAACGGACGUCGGAACGAAGGGAGUGGCGCUCUCGGGGGGCCAGCGGCAGCGCCUCGCCAUUGCCCGCGCGCUGAUCCGUGAUCCGGAGGUGCUGCUCCUCGACGAGGCGACCAGCGCGCUAGAUACCCAGAGCGAGCGUGUCGUCCAGGAGGCUAUCGAUGCUGCAUCCAAGGGCCGUACUACGAUCGCCGUCGCGCAUCGUCUGAGUACUAUCCGCCAUUACGACCGGAUCUUUGUCUUUGAUGCCGGCCGUGUAGUCGAGGACGGCUCGCACGAGGAGCUGGUCGAGAAGAGGGGCCGGUAUUGGGCUAUGUGUCAGGGACAGAGCUUGGAUCGCGAGGCUGUUUAGGUUCGCGAUGCUAAUGAUGGUAAUGGAAGAACGAUACUGUAAUAUUAGACGCUUUUUUCUUCUUUUUCUUCUUUCUUGCCUAGCAUACCGUGGUUGUGGCAUUUAUGUUUUGAUAGGGUGGUGAUGUUGGCAAUAUAUCCAGUCCCGAGAGGGGGAUGGGGGUUAUAUUUCUGCG